AUGACUUCGUCGUCUGUACAUUAUUUAUCUGAUACAAAAUACCAAUGGGCAACAACCGUGCUUGAAGGUUUGACCAAACAGCAAAAUAAUGGUAACAUGGAAAAGUCAAUUGUAUUUUCAAGCGCAUGCGAAAUUAUCAAACGUCUUUUGGAUGCAUAUGAUCAUUCUGAUCCGAAAAUCCAGGAAAUCCAUGUUUCGGAUCCGAGACCGUCGGAAUCCAAUGCGAUUCCGUCACCAGGAUUUCAUCGGAUCCGUCGAAUUCCUGUAGGAUCUGAUAAAAUUCUGUAUUGGAUCCGAUCGGAUCCGAGUAUGGGAUUGUUCGACCUGGGAACUAAAGUUAUAUUACAUCUAAAUGAAAAGAAACAAGAACCCAGCUCUUCUGGAUUCCGGCACAGUUUUCGCCGAUUCCAGCAAGUUCCGGCAGAUUCCUUGCCGCCGGAUUCCGGUCGGAAUCGACCGUGCUAUAAUAACCUGGGAUUAUAA